AUGUCGGUUCCAACUGUCUCAAGCUGUAGCCGAAAACGAAAAAGGAGUUCUGUGCAUGACUUUUUCAUAACGCUUAACGAAAUUUCAGUACGAUGUACUUUGUGUCAAAAGGUCUAUAAAAACCAUGGAAACACAACUAAUUUAGUUAACCACCUAGAACGAAUUCACCCAACACACAUCAAUUCUAAAAGUGAUUCUGCACAAAAAAAGAUAUCCACGCGAACAUCAGUCGAUAGUGUCAAUUCAGUCGAAUCUGAAGCUGAAGAUGAUCCUAUAUUGAUCGAACCUGAUCCGGCUUUACUACCAUCAACAUCGGGCACUCAAUUUAAACGAUCGAGAUCUUGCACCCCGACACAUAAAUCAGAAGCGGGUAUGUCCGGCAUAGUUCGUUCAACAUCGGAGGAGCCUUCGACUAGUUCGACUCUGAUCCAGAAACAAGUGAAGCAACCAUCCAUCGACAAAGCUUUCCACAAAAUCAAAGCAUACACUGAUGGUGGUAGUACGGCGUGUAAGAUUAUGAACGCUAUCGUGUAUAUGAUAGCGGUGGACCGACAGCCUUUCUCGAUGGUCGAGGACAAAGGAUUCAGGAAUCUCUUAAGUAUCAUGGCACCUCUAUACACUGUGCCAUGCCGAAAAACUAUUACAAAACGGACAGACGAAAAGUACGAGCUACUCAGUUCGAUAAUCAAGACCAUGCUUUCAAAAGCCGAACAUCUUUGUUUAACUACAGACAUCUGGACAGAACCAUUUAAUACCCGAAGUUAUAUCGGCAUCACUGUACAUUACAUCAAUUUUGAAGCUAUGCGAUUGGAAUGUAUAUCUCUGGGAAUAAAGGAACUUGAAAAAAGCCAUAACGCAGAAUAUAUAUCAAUAAUUAUAAGCGAGGUACUAAAUGAGUGGCACAUUAAUGCUGAUGCAGUAGUAGCUGUAAUUACAGACAACGCUUCCAACAUUGCGAAGGCGAUGCGCGAUACGUUUGGGCAUCGAAAACAUCUGGGAUGUUUCGCUCACACCCUAAAUCUAGCUGUCCAAGAUGCAAUCGCUGCUACACCGGAAUUCCAGACUGUGGUGAAGAAAGUGAAAUCUAUUGUCACGUAUUUCAAACGCAGCGUCAAAGCAGCUGACGCACUCAAGGAGUUACAGACAUCGGAUCUUGAAAACGGUGGACCGGUUUUAAAAUUAAAGCAGGAAUGCGAGACACGCUGGAAUUCGCUUUUUUAUAUGAUAGAGAGAUAUAUUCAAUUGGUAAACCAAGUGAACGCCGUAUUGAUCACCCUUCCGCGAAAAAAGCAGGAGGAUGUCCCAGAGAUGACAACACGCGCCGAGCUACAAAUUUUGAAAGAUGCCUGUGCCAUUUUGUGUCCAAUCGAAUGUGUUACCACGGAAAUGUCGGGCGAGUCGUAUGUCACGUGCAGCAAAAUCAUCCCCAUCGUUAAUUGCCUAGUGAAAACUUUGGAAAAACUGAACAUUGAGCACGAUAUUUCAGACUAUCUGCACAAAAAUAUUUUACGAGAACUUCGCAAAAGAUUUGUGAAUGAAGAUUUAAACGUUGAAAAAAACGUUAUGCUCGCUAUAUCCACUUUGCUGGACCCACGCUUCAAGAAACUGCACUUCCGCAGUCCAUUAGCUGUUUCUACAGCAA